AUGCCGAGGCGGAUGGGAUGCAGGCUUGGCUCAGCGAGGAGCCACUUGGAGCGUGCAUGGGGGGUGUGGACGCGCGACGCAACAAGAACACGAGGUGCAGGCGGAGUGCCGGACAGUGAGGAUGGAGGGGAGGUAUCUGGGCGAAGGAUACAGGACGCGGAGGCGGUGAUGGAGCCCAUGGAAGGGUACACUAGCAGGCCUAAGCGAAAGAUGGGGGCAAGACAGCCGGUGGGCGAGGCAAAACAGGAGGCAAGGGAACCACACAAGCGAGUGAAGGGCAAGGGACAUGGAGCAGAAAGAAGUUACUAUGUGUUCCAUCUUAAGCUCUCGAAUCUGUCAUGCACUGUGCGACUCACUGCAUGCACGCUUCUGCCCGUCUGGUAUCCCCGUCGACUGGUCUCGCGAAUGUUUCACAUUGCAAUAACGAAGCUCCGCGGAUUGCCACGAGCCCCCAGAGCGAUUCGCCGCCGCCUAGAGUUGGCCGCCGGUAGCUCUGCGUUUGUUGCUUCUGCCCUGGACGUCUUGUGUAUACCAGGACUUCUCCAUGUCUCGAGUGCGCCCCUCAACCUGCGUGUAGCCUACGGAAUGGCUGUCGAGCGUCGCGCAGGUACCGUGGCCGUCGUCACGACGGAAGGUAAACCUAGUGUGUGGACAACAGAUUCGCCCCGACGGGUUAACACCUUCGUCCAGGCCGUGCGUAUCGACCAGGAGAGGUGUGAUCGCCUCCCCCCUCCAGCACGUCGUGGCGGUGCAUCCAAUGCCGUCGGACGUGGAUGGAUGAAAUCCGCGGACGUCGGCGCAGACUAUCGACCAACGGCGAAGAGCAUAAGGCGAUUAAUUGACGGAAGAGCUCCUCAUCGUCAAUUGGAUGUUCCCGACUCCUCUAGGCUGUCGAGCUUCAAUGCGUCGGUACACGGGUGUAGGACGACCUCGAGGAUAGCGGGCACAGUCUGGGCAUGGAACGCGGCCGACGGUCGGCAGGAACAGACGCAUCGUGCCAUGCAAUUCAUGUGGGUUGGGGGUAAUGAGGAAGUUCAGUGGCACAGACGACUGGGCACCUGGCAUGCCCACACGCGACAUUUCGUGCGUGCCUCUCCUCCUUCAAUGCUAUCGGAGUCUCCAGCCGCCCUCCCUCCCACCUUACCCGAAUCUCCGGUCACCCCUCCUCCAACUUUGCCUGACUCUUCAGCCACCCCUCCCCCUACGCGACCUGACUCUCCGGUCGCUUCUUCUUCCACACAAGGAUCUUUUCCCCUUCUCCCGGAUGCAGGCAAGGGCAAGACCUCGGCGAAGCGCAAGCGCGAUGAGGAUGCAGCCGUGGGCAGUAUGUCCGGCCACUCAUUUUGCCCCAAGCGCGUCAAGCUCCGCGCAAGUGGGCUCCACGAAUGCACCUGGCCAGAUUGCCAGGUGCGCGGUCUUCGAAGUAAGGACAUGUGGGCACAUGUCAUGACACAUGAACCUGGCCUCCGACAUGAACCCCCAGCAGCGGCCCAGGUGCGAUGCCUGUGGGCGGGAUGUAGCGUCGAGCCAGGUACCCCCGAUGUGAUCGGGAGCCACAUGAAGACCGCGCAUGGGGUUGUGGACGCCCGCGGCAAACAGGACUCCAAGGCAGCAUGUCAGUGCCCGGACCCGCAGUGCAAGGAGAAGACGCAAAGUCGACAUGGACAGUCGUGGAAGGGAUGGCAGGUCCAGUGGGCAGAGUACCAGCGACACUGCGAGUCGACACACUGGCUAUGUGGAAAAGACGUUGCCUUUUGUGAGAUCUGCGGAGGCCGCCCGCGCACAACCGCCUGGGAGGAUCCGAAGAGGAGGAUGUUGGAAAAAUGCCUCGAAGCGUUGCUCCACCGUGAGUCGUUCAAGAAGGGAGAUCGAGCGAAGCUGCUGGACGAGAAGAGGGAGGAAGAGGAAUGGAAUACCGCGCGUCCCCAAUAUCGCGCAUGA